UAAAGCCUCGGUGCUCGUUACUUCGAAUAGAGGUAUUAGAGUUCUACAUGUUUAUUAAACAAAUAUAUUGCCAAGUUAUUCUCGAUAUAUUCUAUAAAGAAAGUCUCAUAUAAUUUGUUAUAUUUUUACAAUUGGAAUAUUUAAAGAAGAGCAGAAUAUGAAGGCUUUCAUAGUUGCUACGUGUCUAUUAACCACGGUCGUUAAUACAUUUGAUCUUAAAGAAGUUCUACAAAUUUAUUCAAACUUGGACAAAUGUGCAAAAGUGUUGCCAAAGUGUGGAAAUGAACCGAAGGAUUUGUUAAUAAGACCUGAUGUAUGGCAUUGUGAAUUAUCAAAGCGUAAUAUAAUUGAUAAAAAUGGUGUACAAAUAAAGGAAAGAAAUGUCGAACUUUGUGACAUUUUUAUCACUAAUCCUUAUAAUUUGAUUUAUUGCAAGAAGACUGUUUCUGGGUGCAUAGAUAAAGCAAAUCAAGGUCUAGAAUCCGUCUACGAAAAAAGCCGAGCUGCAAUAGAAUGUAUAAUAAAAAGUGGUGUGACAAGUUUUAUUGAGUUCCCAAAAUAAAAAAAACGCGUAAAAAAGAUUUAGUUUAAAGUAUCAGUUUAGUUAUUUGGUAAUUUUUAUUUUACGUCAAUUUUACAUCAAAUUAUUAUAUAAUUCUAAAAUACAAUUUUAUUUCUUUAUAAUCUUAUAUCAAUUAUAUUUCUACCUCAAUAAGAAAGUUGCAAAAUAAAUGCAUAAUUAUUGCAUCUUUCUAUUUACUUCAAUUUCGUAAUAAUUGUUGCAAGGUAUUUCUACAAAAUGCAUACCUAUGUUUUACUAAAAAAGAAUUUUGUAUUUAUAAUUUGUAAACAUUAAAAAAGUUGUAAAAGAAA